AUACACACAGCUGACUGUGACCUCUUCUGUCCCACAGCCUAACAGAUUCAACCACACACACACCCUGGCACAUACAUUCAAGUGUUUUUUGCUCCAGUUGCCUUCUUUAAUGACUUUAACAUGGGCCUGCCAAUAUUUUUUAUUUUAGGAAUGGUUCUGAAUCUUGCUCACAGCAUGGAAUUUCAAGAUUCAGAGCCCAGACACUUGGUUCUCAACCAAACAGUGACAGGGAUUUUGGGGGAGGAGGUCUACCUACAUUGUCUGUACACUGGAGAAUUAGAGAUCAUGUUCUCCUCCUGGAACCGGCUGGAUUCUUCAAAGAGGUCAAAGAAAAUGGCAGGCUACAAUCAUCUUAAACCUUACAGCAGAGAAACCUUUGACAUCCCGGCAUCACCUAAAAACCUUACCGUAAAGUUGAACGUGACAAAUCUCGAUCUAGAGGGAGAAUACACAUGCGUCAUCAACACUGUUGAGGACGAAGUGAAGGACACCAUGUUUCUCAGAGUUAUUGCUCGGCCUGGUAUUGACUUAACUGUGAAGAAGGAAGUUGUGAACAGGACCCUCUACCAUGCUGUCACUUGCUCUGCCUCCAGUGCCAAGCCUGAGGCUGUGAUUAGAUGGGAGAUCUCUGGUGCCCUUCCAAGAGAUGACAUCUUCUCUGUGGACACGACUAAUACAGUUCAUCUCAAUGGCACAACCAGUUCAAUCAGUGUACUGAGCUUCCCCUUAAUUAUGAAUAAUGAGAGCACUGUUACCUGUGUGGUCAAUCAUCCAGCUUUUACUGAACCUGAAAGAGCCAACAUUGAGGUGGAAACAUUUGUUUCUCCUAUUAUGAGCAUGGAGACCGUCCAUGUCCAAGAAGAAGGAGAAGACUUUCAAGAGGUCCUCUGCAUGGCAACAGGGGGGAAGCCACAUCCAAAUAUCACAUGGAGACUGCCUGAAUUCAAAAACACACCACCUAUACUGAGAAAUAACUCAGUUAAUUCAGAUUCAGUAAUCAGUUCUUAUCGGUUCCCAUCCGAUCCUUAUGAAGGAGAAAAUGUCUCUUGUGUUUUUGGCUACAUGUUUUUCCCUUUCAUAAACACAAGGACAAUCACUUUGCCAGUUUACUAUCUUUCCUCACUUCACUUCGUUGAUUACGCCAUUAACAGUGAGAAUCAGACUUCGCUGGCGUUUGAGGAGGGGGACACAAAUAUUACAAUCAGGAUGGGUAUUUUGGGAAAUGUACCAAGUCAUGAAAUUAACUGUUCCAGGGAAGGCCAACCACUACCUGAGGAUGUGGAUGUGGUUGGCAAUUAUAUCUUUCUCAGGGGUCCUUUAGAGCUGCACCUCUCUGGACAGUAUCUCUGUCAGGCCUCUUACCGUAGACAUCAAGUUUCCUUGCAAUUCACAAUUGAAGUAAAUCCAAAAGUUCUAUUGCCAGUGACAUUUCCCCCAAAUAUCAGUGUGAAUUUCGUAGAGAAUUCAGAUUACAUUCACAUCGAGUGUUUGGCCUCCAAUGCUGUUCCCACUGCAAAUGUGUCCUGGAUCAUUUCACAAGAGAUGAAUUGUACAAUCCAGUCGAAUGUCACAUCCUUUAAUGGAUCGUAUUCUGUCAAAAGUGUGUUGACUGUGCCCAACUGCAUGGCACGCGAAUAUGUAGUUGAGUGUGUAGUCGACCAUCCUGCUUUCAUGGAAAAAGAGAGGCGGCAGAUUGCUCUUCCUGUGUGUGCACCACCAAAUAUAACCCUGCAGUCUAGUAUUAAAUGGGACAGUGGCGUUGCAUACACAUGGCUGGUGUGUUCAGUGCAGAGCCAGACUCCAGCAGAGGCCAUCACCUGGGCCGUAGACUGCCAUGGCAUUGACAUUGCCUCUAGUGAGUUCGUAAUGAGUCAGCCUGACUUUCAGCAGAGUCAUAUGGUUGUCGUUCAGAGUGUGGCACGUAUUCCUAUUCACUCACAUGCCGGAUGCAGCGUGACCUGUGCGGUUGAGCUUCAAGGGUUAGCGAAACCAGAGAACAAGAGCAUUGACCUGCCUCCCUUAGGUCCGUCUGCAAGCCGCGUGUUUUUGCGUGAAGAGAGAUACACUGAUAAUUGGCAUGCUGUGUGUGAGUACAGCGGCGAUGGGGUGAUUCCCAAAAUCUCCUGGGUCCUGUCUGAUGAAGACACUGAAAUUCAGGCAACUACUGAGUCCAAGUGCAAUGGAAUUAAAGUAAAUGUCAAUUUGACUUCUGAAUUUCAACUCAAUCAGUAUGAGGGGAAGGAAUUGACAUGUCUGAUCCAGAACAAGUUCGGCAAGGAUGAGAGACAGAUGGUGCAUGUUCCAAAAUACUCUAUCUCAUCUAUUGAGGUUGUAAACAAAACCACACUUUAUCGAAGAAGUCAUGGCCAGCAUGAGCAUCGAUUAGCACUGCAAGAAAACCUCUCUAAUCAGAAGAUACUUCUCAGAGCCCAUGGCAAUGCACCAUCAUACAAGACAACAUGUUACAGGGAGGACAGGUCAGCAGCACACACUGUGGGCAUGGCAUUAGUUUUUACAAAACCAGUGUCUGAACUGAAUGCAGGACUGUACAUAUGCCAGGUCUCGUACCACCACCACAUAGCUGAAGUUUUCAUUCGUGUGGAUGUAACUAGUGAAGAGACUCAACACAUGAUAUUCAUCACCAUCUGCUUCACGUCAGCUGCUGCAAUCACCCUCGUCUUGAUCAUCGUUUUGUUUGUCCUCUGUAAAAGUGGGAAACGCCAUUCAUCACAAAAGAAAAACAGGAAAGAGCGUGAGUCUCUGGCAGCUCUAAUGCAGGACCCUCGAUGCCCGGAGAGGACGGUGCUUCCAAGCGAGGCUGGGCCGAACUAUGCCGAACUUGUGCAUUAUUCCAUUGUUCUUGAUGUUAAAAGCACUGUGUGAGUCACCUGUUGGGUUUAAUGCAGGUAACAUAUCCGUUUUUGCACAUACAGUGCACAGCAUAAAUGAGUACACCCGCUCUGAAACUUCUGAAAGUCAGCAAUUACUCAAUUACUUAGAAGACAUGUUAGGGUUCUUUAGAGAUAUAAUGUUCCAGCAAGUCUGCUUAAUCAAUUACCAAAGAAGCAUGUCAAAAUUAUUCAGGAAAAUAAGAUUUUCUUAUCAAGGUGAUAAAAUGUUGUGUAGCAAAAGUUACUAAAUACAACAAAAUAAUUUUUUUCUGCUGUAAGUUUAAGGCUAUGUUUGAUCAACAGUUAAGUAUGUUGAACCAAAACAUUUAAAGAGAAGUAAUUUCUUGAAAAUUAAAAGUGAAUCAUUCUCAGACUUAAUGCUGACAACAAUUGAACCACUUGGGAGAGAACUGUCUGGAGACUUAUUUCUCAGCACAAAAGAGGACAGUGGUACCAGAUGAUUACCAAAUCGUUGUUUUAAGUGUGAAAAUAUAGCAAAAGUAACACAGAAAUUCAAAAACAAUGGACUUGUGACAAGGCCCCUGAAAUAAUCAGGACUUCAUUUUAAGCUUUCAUUUAGUGAUGAGGGAUUUUUUUGCUAGACAAAGAGCAGGAGAAAUACCAAGCGAGUGUCUCAGAGCCAGCAAAAGCUGUGAAAAAAGUGACUGUUUUUCUCACAGAGUAAGAUGCAGACUGCAGAAAUGACUUGCAUGGUUGUUGUUCUCACUGGAACUACCUACUGUAACCAAAGCACAAUAAAGUCAGUUAGCCAUUUCCAAAGUCCAUCUUUACAAAAUC